UUAUUUUCAGAAAGGUUUAAAAGAUAAGAAAAUCAGUGCGUGCUUUGUGAAAAUGUAGAAAGAAUGUCAAAACUGCUGAGGCUAUGUAUUCUGUUAUGUUUGAUGUACAGUAUCAUUCAUGUACAAGGCCUGCAGUACACUUUCCAUUCUCCUCAUGUACUUCCCAUCCCACAUCACGUAGAGCUACCUCCCUUGUUGUACAAUUUCAGUCCUCAUUCUUGGUUUUAUUCUCACCCUUUCUUGGAAUACCCGGAUAGGCAGGUUUUGUUGUUAGAUCCUCCAUCAAUAAAACAACUUCCUUUCAGAUUUGUAAACAUUGACUUCAAGCCUCAUUCAGCACCUGGAUCAUUCAAAGCAUCAAUUCAUCCAGCUUUUGAUAAAAAAGAUAAAGUUAUUGUAGAAAAUACAGAGAACAAAUUAUUCAGCAAAAUUGAGAUACCAAAUCAUGAGUUUGAUAACGAUUUUAGAGAUCUUAGUGAUCUGAAAAAGGAAUAUCUUGAUGAUAAUGAAAAUGAACUUGAUGAAAAAGAUGAAGAUUAUAAUGACUCCAAUGAUGAUAUUAUAAACAAAGUUGAUGAUUUAGACUCACACAAUAACGAUGUAGACUUUAUUGUAGAUCUGCAACGAAACACUAUAGAUGAUAUUGAAGAAAUAUUUGAAGAUGGUUACGAAAAAAUCGAAAAUGAGGAAAAUUAUGAUGAUACAUUUUCCAUGAAAAAUGAAGAAAAUUAUAAGGAUGGAUGGAAAUGGUUUGAAAUAAAGGAACAAGAAGAAGAAAAACCCCUAGUGGAGAAAAACAAGAGCAAAGAUUCUGAUGAAAGUUAUGAAAACGGAUGGGUUUGGUCGGAUAUUUUGAACUACGAUCAAGAUCAAGAUAAUGAAAAAGAUCAUGAACAAGAAGUGCAUAGAGAGUCUAUUUACACAAACCAAGAUCAUGAGAAACAAAAUAUGGGACAAGAUCAGGAAAAAGAUCAUUUGGAAAAAGUUCUUGGCGAAGAAAAUCGAAAGAUAGCCAAUUAUGUGGAAAAAGAGCAUGAAGGACACGGUUCAAAGAACCAAAAUUACAAAAAAUCUGCAUCAAAUAAAAAUCAACUUUUUCCACUUCUUCAAGGUUCAACUCUUCCUCCCCCCGCCACAUCCAUCUGGAAUAUCAAAUCUGAGGCACCUGAGACACCAUUCAACUCAUUGAAAUCAGUUUUCAACCUUCAUGCAGUGGAUUUUCAAUUUAUAGGCAAAAAUGCUGCUUCUGAUAAAGAGGCUGUUGCUGAUAAUGAUGAUGCUGAUGUUGAUGAUAAGGAGAAAUAUGGAGCUGAUGCUGAUAAUGAUGAUGAUGAUGAUGAUGACAAUGAUGAUGAUGGAGCUUAUGUAGAUUUUAACCUUAACUCUGUCAGAGGAAUAUAAUAAAAUAAAAAAUUUAACCUCCCCCCGGCC